CGAUGAUGAUUCAUACGAAAUGAAAAUGUUUAAUUCUGAUGUAAACUCAAGAAAAAUGAAACAAAAAACCUAGAUAAAAGAAUACUUUUCUAUUUUCAUUUUAGAACGAGCGUAUGAAUUCGUGACCUCAAAAUAAUGCAGAAAACACAAUGCCGAUUCUUAUACAACUUAAAAUAAUUGGGAUAAAAUUGUGUUAACAUUUGCUGUUUUAAUUUAUUGUUAAAACUGCUGAGUAAUGUGAAAAUUUUGUGCAUGGGGUUGAAUUAUCGAAAACGUAUGGUGUGAAUGUAAUCUCCUAUGGAGUGCCCCCAUUUGGAAGAGUCCGUUCGCGUAUCGACGCUUGUACAGACAAAUACAAACGGAAACACCUCAAAAUUGUGUUGUGCAGAAUGCUCAACAGAAGACAGUCCAUGGAUUUGUAUGAUGUGUGGAUCCGUUGGAUGUGGGAGAUAUGUAAGUGGUCAUGCCUUGGGCCACCAUGAAAGCCAUAGUGAGCACUGCGUGUGUAUGGAUGCCCUCAGUUAUGCUGUCUACUGCUACUCCUGUGAUGAAUUUGUAAUCAAUGACACUCAGACUGGUCACUUUGAUGCCUUGAGAAAAUGUUUGUCUGCAACUAGGUCUAAUGGAGAAAUGCGCCAGAAGUCGCAGCGUAGACGUUCAGAGCCAUUAAAUGAGGUAGAAAAUGAUGCCAAAAAGCAGAAAAAGGAGCUGAAGAAGAUACGUCCAAAGUCAUCAGGGCUGAGAAACCUUGGAAACACAUGUUUUAUGAGUGCUGUAUUACAAUCUUUAAGUAACAUCCAGCACUUCUGUGGCUAUAUCAAGCAACUGCCAUCCCUUGAAGACAAGAAUAACAAGAUGAGAAAGGUCAUCACACGUAAACAGUCCAGGGAUGGAACAGAUAAGGAUGUGUUGCUAGUUGAGGAGUUGCGUAAGACGUUAAUAGCCAUCUGGGAAGGGGGGAAGUCGGCCAUCUCACCCGAGUCUCUUCUCCAUGUUAUAUGGACUCUGGUGCCUCGAUUCCGGGGGUACCAGCAGCAAGAUGCUCAUGAGUUUAUGCGGUAUCUCCUUGAUCGGCUUCAUACAGAGUUACUCGCCUUGCUACCAUACACCUCAACCACCAAUAACAACAGUCCUUUUAUAGGUCCAAAAGGAAAGAGUACAAUAGUUUCUGCGAUAUUUGGAGGGCUGUUACAGAGUGAAGUGAAUUGUUUGAUAUGCGGGGUGGAGUCCAAGAAACAUGAUCCAUUCUUAGAUUUGUCAUUAGAUAUUCCAGUCCAGUACCACAAUGUGAAGACAACAAAGGGCAAGGAGAAUAUGGACCUGCCUGUGUGCCAUCUCUCAGAGUGUCUGACCCACUUCACAGAGGUUGAGGAGCUGGAAGAGACAGAGUUGUACAUGUGUACGGGCUGCAAGAAGAAACAGCGCUCUACCAAGAAGUUCUGGAUCAGGAGACUACCUAAUGUAUUAUGUUUACACGUGAAGAGGUUCAAGUGGGUCACAUCCUUCAGACAGAAGCUUGAAACCUACAUUGAUUUUCCUCUCACCAACCUCGAUAUGAACAAAUACAUUCUAGACAUGCAUGAGACUCGAGGAACAACUGUCGGGAGUAACAUCUACGACCUCGCCGCCGUGAUAGUGCACCAUGGAUCAGGGGCCGGCUCUGGGCAUUAUACAGCAUAUGUUUUACAUGAAGGUCAGUGGUACCAUUUCAACGACAGCACCGUGACAGCCUGUGAGCCUGAGACGGUUGCCCGCUGUAAAGCCUACAUUCUGUUCUACAUCCGUCGAGAAAUACGCCUCCCAGACUACCUGACCGUCAGCCUCAAUGGUGUACCCCAGGCCAGAAGGGGCAAAGUGUCUUGAGGAUCUACGUGAUUGGGUUUGACAAAAAGUCAUGUGCUUACUGGAGUAGUUUGUUAACAAAUGAAUGAUGGCCUGCAGGGUGCCUUUCACAGCAAAGUGAAUGUACAGAGGUGUCAGUUUUCUUCCUCUCAAAUAGUUCCACAUAUUCACAGUACAAAUGUACAUAAAAAAUGAACAGUGGCCAUUCUCAUAAAGAUGUCGUUGGAUUGUUAAAGGGGAAUAAGUUGAUGAUUUUUCUCUUUUGAUAUCAUAUCCUUGUUAUUGACUGUUGUAGGGUUAAAAACAUUCACAGGCAUCAUUUGUCAGUCAGAAUUGGUCAUGUGUAAAACAUUCUAGUGUUGUAUAUGGAUAUAAAUAAAUAAUUAAAAAAAAGUUGACCAGGUUUUUCACAUUUCUUUUCAUGAGAAAAAGUAAGAUGCUUACUUUUUGUAUAUGAGCAGUAAUUACAUGGUUUCUUGAUCUCACUCGAAAAGUGUACCAUAAUUUAUGCCAUAAGAAGGAAUUUUUUCAUGCUUCUGUUAAAAAUUGUAUUGUAUUUGUACAAAGUGACGUACAAAAUUGUCUAGAGAUAUUGAAAAUGUUACAGGCUUGAUGUUUGUUAAACUGAAACAUUUAAAAAUGAUCUUUGACUUAUCAAUGGUUGUCUAUCAAAAUUUAUAAUGAAAGUUGUGAAAAAAAAUUCUACAUGUGUUGUCCUUUUAGGACUCUGUCAAUUUGAUUUUGUUAAAAACAAUCAAAUUGAGGAUCACUUUGUUAAAAUAAGAAUACUGUAGUGCUAUUGAUACUGUAGGUGACUAGGUGAUGAUGUGUGCUCACUUGAGGAGUGUACAUAUUUAGACCAGUCGCCAGUACUGGUAAUCAUUUUCAUUGUUAUUGUCAGAACUCAUUUCAUUUACAAGGGCAGGAGGGGAGUAAAGAAGCCAAAGUCUUUCUAGGUUUGUGUGAAAAUGUUUGUAUGCCAAUAAUAUGAUGAGGACUUUUUGUGUUAGACGUUAGUUGGACUUUGAUAACCAACUUAAGAGCAUUUGUGUUUGAAUUGUUAAUUUUUGUGACUUGUACGGGGUUUACAUGGUCAUUAUUGUGCUGUGUUUAUAUGUGUCCAUGUAUUCUUCUAUUAACUACUACUAUAUGAAGGUAUUAUACUUGGAACUUGUGAUGAUACUAGAUUGACUUUUCUUGAAUACUAAUCACAGACCAGAAUCACAUAUGCUCCUUUUCAUUAAUAUCUUGUAGCUGAAUUAUUGAAGGUGAAGCUUUAUAGGGAAAAAAGACAUUUCCCAUUUGAAUUUUCAUCUUUAUUUAGUAAUACAAUUAUUAACUUAUGUUUGAAUUUCCACCAUAUGUUCAUUUUUUCCAAGUCAAUAGAGUUGAUUACUUUAUCUUGACGUUGCUAGUACAACUUUUCUUGUUUUUUUUUUGUUCAUUUUUUUAGUGCUAUGUUUGAUGCCUGUUAAAUAUGCUUGCAAGUUUAAGAAUGUGCAAGAUCAAUUUGUGGUGUAAAACAUUGGAUUUGUUUUCAGUAUGUACUGAACAUUGCUUUUGAAUGUAAAUAUGUGAACAAUUUUUGUUGAGGAAACUGGUUUUCUCAUGUGAAAAAAAUAAAACGAAUAAAUUAG